UCAAAGUUCACCCCAUUUUUUCCCUGAUCCCAGAAUGAAUAGAACAGUAAGGAACUAAGAACUGGCAAGUGGAAGAAAACAUGAUAGCUUUAAAAAUGUUAAUAUUUUUGUGGAUAUGUCACUUUGUUCUUCUCCAAGGUCCUGAGCCUAAGGAGAAUAGCAGUCUCUUUCUUCCCACCUUGGCAGAAUCCACAGGUAUAUCUAAACUAAUGAUUGUCACAAAAGAUUUCCAAAAUGAAAAACCAGACUUUCCUACUACCUCUUAUCCUACAGAAGAAAAACCAGCAGCAUUAACAGUGGCAGCAUUAAGUAUCAUCAUUUUCAUUGUCAUUCUGGUGGUAAUUGUAAUAAUCCUUGUCAGCGUGGUCUGCAUAACGUUCAAUGGCCAUCACUGCAAAAAGGUAACAGAUAAACAAAAACUUCAACAUUCUACAGUAUCAUACAGCUGUUCGGAUGCUGUUACUACAGUUGGCAGUAAGAAUGCUUUGUUGGUCUCUAUGAAGACUUAAAUGCAACCAGCAG